GUCACUGUCUCCCGGGUGAACGAGGCUGUCGCAAGGAGGGAAGGCUCGUGCAGGUUCAUCCUCCUGCAGACAUGGGGCGCAGAAAGUCAAAACGAAAGCCACCCCCCAAGAAGAAGAUGACAGGCACUCUAGAGACCCAGUUCACCUGCCCCUUCUGCAACCAUGAGAAAUCUUGUGACGUGAAAAUGGACCGUGCCCGUAACAUCGGAGUCAUCUCUUGUACCGUGUGCCUAGAGGAAUUCCAGACACCCAUCACAUAUCUAUCAGAACCGGUGGACGUGUAUAGUGAUUGGAUAGAUGCCUGUGAGGCCGCCAAUCAGUAGCAAAACAGAGGACCCACCCCCUCUGCAGACUCGCUGCCGAGGACCAGCCCGCUGGGUACCAAUCCAGAGACAUUCCUGAGGUCCAGGGUGUGGGUCCAGGGCCUUCGCAGCCCCUGCCUGUGUAUGGAGUGGAUGUGGAUGUAAAUGUGUGACUGCAAGUGUGGCCAUGGUGGUGUGCUCAUGGGCAGGGGGCUCCGGGGGUUUGAACUGCCUCCCUUGGCUCCAAAAGCCUUUGACUUGCUCCCUCUUUCGGCCCCUGACCCCCUGGCUCUGGAGCCCUGGCUUCUCCGGGGGCCAAUGUCCUGACAUCCUGGGUGAGAGCAAGCCCAGCAGAGACAGCCUGAGGACUCUCCGCCUCCUCACCCACCUCCCCAGCACCUUGCCCGUGUGAACUGGACUGCACGCCUCCUCUGCCUUCCAAGGACUGUGGCCUGGGCGGUUCAGCACCACUGGCCCCUGGCUGGGCCCUGGCAGGGGGGCCCCGGUUCGUGUGUAGUUGCUUUUCUAGAGGAGGGAGAGGCUGGGUUGGGGACUGUU